AUGUCACACUUACCAAACAAUGCACUAUGCAAAGUCGGAAAUAGAGCAGAAAGAUAUACUCAAAAAGAAUUGCGGUUUUUGUUAUCAGAAGUUCAACGGUACCCAAAUAUCAUAGAAUCGCCAAGCAGUCAUUCUGAAACAAAAAGCAGAAAGAUUUUAUUGUGGCAACAUAUUUCCAGGAAACUGCAAAGUGAAUUCCCUAGUUCUAACCCAAGAUCAGCCCUGCAGUUAAGAAACUGGUGGAAAAGAACUAAAAGCAGGGCCAAACAACGAUUGACUUACGGACAAUUAACAAGUGGAAAAUAUAGCGACGGCAGCAAUAAAAAAUUUCCUGAUAACACUCGCGGGUAUCUUGAAGGUAUAUUCUAUGAGAUUUGUGAGUUUAGACGUCAAGUAUUAAGCGAAUAUACAGUACAAAAGGAAGACACUGAGUUUGCUAAUUUUUUGGAAGAAGCAUCAGAGGGGUGUGCAACAUGUGAUAGUGGAAUAUUUUGUGAAUCAUUAAGGAGUGAUGAAUUGGAAGACAGUAUUAGGUUAGAUAAUACGGAAGCUGAAUUUGGAGGAAACACGAGAACGACUGAUUAUAUUGGAAGCGAGAUUUCUCACAAAAGCAGCCAAUUACAGAAUGUGACUACAAAAAAUAUUUAUGGAAACCAAGAUGUUCCUUCGGAAAGCAUCUUUACCUGUGACAAAGGCGGCAUUUUAACGAAUAACCAGAGUUUUGGUGAAUCUACUUCACAGGACUGUAGUACUGCACUGAUGUUCAACCAAAUAAUGUCAAUCGUAGUAUUAUUCAUGUCGAAUUACAAAUAUUUAUUACAGAAUUCAGACUCCUUCAAUCCCACCAAAUCAUGCACACCUGAAAGCGAUUGGCUGGAGACAAAAUGUCCGGAUGAUACUAACAUGAAACAUGCUAAUGCUGAGAAAGAUUGUGAAGAAACUUGUUCAAUGACUUUUGUUUCCAGUUCCUCAUCAUCAAUAACAAGACCUAAGUUAGGAAACACAAAUUCACAGCCAGAAAAGUCUGAGUUGUUGUUGGAAUUAAUGCAAAUUGAUAAUGAAAUUCUAAGGCUGAAAAGAAGGAAACUGGACUUACAACUAAUUGUUUCAGAGGAUUAUAUUAAUAACUACAUACAGAAUCUAAAUGUAACUGAAUCGCAGGCACAAUUUGUAUCGAAAUGACAAGCGAAGGUAGAUCAAAAGGAAAUGUAUCCUAAACCUAACAUAGUUAACGAU